CGAAUGUCAAUUCUCUGAGAUCUGAUUGGUCAGCUUGUCCUCUCUGAUUGGUUGUUGGGCGGAGUCUACGCAGAGCUCUGAGCGGAUGUUUCCGGUAUGACCGUUGUUUGACAGAUCGGGACGGACCCUCGCUUUCAGUGCCUGUUGUUGAUGGCCCAGCUGUGCGUUGAGGUAGAAUGGGACAGAGCACAUCGGGCCCCGAGUCUGCAGAACCUUCAGAGGACGGGUUUGGAAACAUCAAGAGUUUAGUGGAGGAUCAGCUGCAGACCAGCAUGGUGGUGGGAAUCAUAAUCGGCGCUGGAGUCGCCAUCCUUCUCAUCGCUGUCCUCAUAUUUUUUGUCCUGCGCAGGAUGCAGCUCCGCAAACUCGAGGCUCAGGAAGCCCCGAAGUAUCGUUUUCGUAAAAGAGACAAAGUCUUGUUUUAUGGAAGGAAGAUUAUGAGGAAGGUGUCUCAGUCCACUUCCUCACUGGUGGGCUCCACCUCCUCGUCCAGGCCCCGCCUCAAAAAGAAACAGAAGAUGCUAAACAUUGCCAAAAAAAUCCUGCGCUUUAAGAAGGAAGUGCCCACUCUGCAGAUGAAGGAACCUCCUCCGUCAGUGCUGGAGGCAGAUCUCACAGAGUUUGACGUGGCCAACUCUCACCUGCCAUCUGAGGUGCUCUACAUGCUCAAGAACGUGCGUGUGUUGGGUCACUUUGAGAAGCCGUUGUUUCUGGAGCUGUGUAAACACAUGGUGUUUCUGCAGUUCCAGCAGGGUGAAUAUGUCUUCAGACCUGGUCAGCCUGAUAGCAGCAUAUAUGUAGUACAGGAUGGCAAGCUGGAGUUGUGUCUUACUGGACAGGAUGGGAAGGAUGGAGUGGUCAAAGAGGUUUUCCCUGGAGACAGUGUUCACAGUCUACUGAGCAUCCUUGAUGUCAUCACAGGUCACCAGAGACCAUAUAAAACCGUCUCGGCGAGAGCGGCAGAAGUGUCCACUGUCCUCAGACUGCCAGUUGAUGCCUUUCUGUCCAUCUUUGAGAAAUACCCAGAGAGUCUUGUGCGAGUGGUUCAGAUCAUCAUGGUCCGUCUUCAGAGAGUGACGGUUCUGGCCCUGCACAACUACCUGGGGCUCACCAACGAACUCUUCAGCCAUGACAUGCAGCCUCGUCCCUCUCCUCUCUCUCCUCAUCCGACACGCUCCAGUCCCGUACGACACAGCAAACGCUUUGGCAGUCUCACCGUUCCUGAUAAACACCGUGAGGCCGCUGUCCAAAAUGCUACUGGUGGGGAUCAUGGGAAGGAUGGCGGCACAAUACCGACCCUCAGUAGGACCAUAUCGAUGCCUGUAGACAUCGCGGGAAUGCAGAAGAGUCUGCGUUCAGAUUUCGACAUGGCAUACGAGAGAGGCCGUAUCUCUGUAUCUGCCGAAGAUGGCGCUCCCACUCCACCUGCUUUCACACGAGAGCAGCGUGAGAGGAAGGUGACGGUGGACGAGGUUCCUUCAAGUGUGUAUUUGUAUCCUGAGGAGGAGUCAGGGAUGGAUAACAUUUUUUGCCCGUUUCAAGGACGACCUAACGCUACGCUGUUCGAGGAGGCCCAGAAGGAGAUUCUCAAACUCAUGAGGAUUGAGGACCCUACACUGCUGAAUGGGAGGGUGACGUUUCAUCAUGCUAAAGCUGGAUCUGUGUUAGCCAGACAGGGAGACCAGGAUGUGAGUUUGCAUUUUGUCCUCUCUGGCUGUCUUCACGUCUAUCAGAAGAUGAUCGACAAGCAGGAAGCAGUGUGUCUGUUUGUGACCCAGCCGGGUGAGAUGGUAGGUCAGCUGGCUGUUCUCACAGGAGAGCCGCUCAUCUUCACUAUCAAAGCUGAGCGUGACUGCACCUUCCUCAAGAUCUCCAAAUCCGACUUCUACGAGAUCAUGCGUGAACAGCCAAGUGUUGUUCUUAGUGCAGCUCACACCGUGGCUAUCCGUAUGUCCCCAUUUGUACGACAGAUGGAUUUCGCCAUCGACUGGAUGGCUGUUGAAGCAGGACGGGCUCUGUAUCGGCAAGACGAUCAGUCCGAUUGCACCUAUAUUGUGCUGAAUGGACGACUGCGUUCCGUCAUUCGAAAAGCCAAUGGGAAGAAGGAGCUGGUUGGAGAGUACGGACGAGGAGAUCUCAUCGGAGUUGUAGAGGCUUUGACACGGCAGCCUCGUGCCACCACCGUCCAUGCCGUCAGAGACACCGAGCUGGUGAAGCUUCCAGAAGGAACGCUCAACAAUAUUAAGAGAAGAUACCCGCAGGUGGUGACGCGCUUGAUCCAUCUACUUGGGCAAAAGAUUUUGGGAAACCUCCAACAGCCCCGUGGACCUUUCUCAAGCUCUGCGCUUGGCCUGCCAAGCAUGGCAUCUAGUCCUGACGUCACUAACCCAGCCAGUAAUCUCUCCACUGUGGCCGUGCUUCCUGUUUGUGAUGAUGUGCCAAUCAAUGCCUUCAAUUUGGAGCUUAGCCACGCCCUCAGCGCCAUAGGACCAACCCUGCUGCUAACCAGUGACAUCAUCAGAGAGAGACUUGGUGCUUCUGCUUUGGACAGUAUCCAUGAGUACAGGUUGUCAGGUUGGCUGGCUCAGCAGGAGGACAUUAAUCGUAUAGUGCUGUAUCAGACGGACAGCGGUAUGACCCCAUGGACUCAACGCUGCAUCCGACAAGCUGACUGCAUCCUCAUUGUGGGGCUUGGAGACCAGGAACCUGCACUUGGAGAGCUGGAGCAGAUGUUGGAGAACACAGCGGUACGGGCCCUGAAGCAGUUAGUUCUGUUGCAUCGCGAGGAUGGGCCGGGUCCUUCGAGAACCGUCGAGUGGCUGAACAUGCGAAGCUGGUGCUCUGGACACAUUCACCUGAAGUGCCCUCGUAGAGUCUUCUCACGAAGAAGCCCCUCCAAACUGCGAGAGGUAUAUGAAAAAGUUUUUGAGAAGACUGCAGACAGACACAGUGAUUUCUCCCGGCUGGCCAGAGUACUCACAGGAAACAGCAUCGCCCUCGUGCUGGGUGGAGGCGGAGCCAGGGGCUGCUCUCAUGUUGGUGUAAUCAAAGCUAUGGAGGACACGGGAAUUCCCAUCGACAUAGUGGGAGGAACUUCCAUCGGCUCUUUCAUUGGUGCUCUGUAUGCAGAGGAGAGAAAUGCUGUUCGGGUCAAGCAGAGGGCGAGAGAGUGGUCCAAGGCAAUGAACUCUGUGUUCAAAACGGUACUGGAUCUCACUUAUCCAAUCACGUCCAUGUUCUCGGGCUCUGCCUUCAACACCAGCAUCUCCAAAGUCUUUGAGGACAAACAAAUCGAGGACUUGUGGCUGCCUUACUUCAACGUGACCACGGACAUCACAGCCUCUGCUAUGCGUGUUCAUAAAGAUGGCUGUGUUUGGCGCUAUGUUAGAGCCAGUGCCUCCUAUACCCCUUAUCUGCCUCCUCUCUGCGACCCCAAGGACGGCCACCUCCUCGUGGAUGGUUGCUAUGUUAACAAUGUCCCAGCGGACAUAGCUCGUAAUAUGGGCACAAAAACAGUCAUUGCCAUUGAUGUGGGCAGCCAGGAUGAGACUGAUCUCUGUAACUACGGUGACAGUCUUUCUGGCUGGUGGCUGCUAUGGAAACGAAUCAACCCGUGGGCGGAGAAAGUGAAGGUGCCUGACAUGGCUGAAAUCCAGUCCCGUUUGGCCUACGUAUCCUGUGUACGGCAGCUGGAACUUGUCAAGAAGAGUGCAUACUGCGAGUACAUUCGCCCACCCAUCGACCGCUUUAAGACCAUGGACUUUGGGAAAUUUGAUGAAAUCUAUGAUGUGGGUUACCAGUAUGGUAAACUGGUGUUUACUGAGUGGGCUCGUGGGGACAUCAUUGAAAACAUGCUGAAAGACCAUCGCUCAGCGGACUACAAUGACAGCAAGAAGACUGAUUCAUGCACGUGUCCCAGUGCAGACUUCACUGAUCUAGCUGAAAUUGUGUCCCGGAUUGAGCCAGUACAGAGUUAUUUAGGAGCUGAUGCAGAGGAGUCUGACUAUGCGACGGAGUACGAGGAGGAUGGGAUGGACACAGUCAGAGAGGAGGAGGGUGAGGAAGAGGAGGAGGAGGAUGCUGAAGACCCUGAGGACCAGUCUCCUGGAGAAUGGGGACCAAACGGGAUCUUCACAACAGAUGAAGAGAAGACGAUCCGUCAGAGGAGGAACAUUACAAGGGACCUCAACAUGGACUUCUCUGGAGUGUCAGAUUGAUGAAAAGCGAGUAAUGCAGGGUCCAAAGGUUAAAGGGCAAUGGAAAGAGAAGCAGAGUCCCACCAAGGGCUGAGGAGUGUAAAGAUAGAUACAGAAGAAAAGACUUCUGAAUUAAUAAGAUUGUUGGGAAGUCGCCAAAGAUACUGUGAUUUAGACCCAUUAACACUACAUUACCCACAACUUGUCACCAAAGCUGUGACUCCCUCUAUUAUCCUUUUGCUUUUGGAAUUUUUUUUCAGCUCAAGACUCUGCAAUAAUGGGGUCCAGGGACUGUGGGGGCCUAGCUAGGCAGAGGAAUCGCUCCUUGAGAUGCUGUGCCACUGAAAAAUAGGGCCUCUAUAUCUUUUGAGAUGUUUUGGUAUUUUACGUCUUAAAUGUCUAAAGGGAGUUUCAUGAGAGUGAUGUCUACAGUGGCAGUCAGUAUACCUCUAUCCUUACGUUAUGGUCUGUUUCCAGACUAUACCAGUUCAGUAGAGAUAGUGUGUAGUGUGUCUGGUUUGUGAUUUUUUUAUUUAAUUUUAUUUAAUUGAAUUUAAUUUUUUGUGAGGGUGUGUUUGUGUGUGUAUGUGUGUGUGUACGGCACGACCUAAACAUUCAUUGGCAACUUCUCCCAUAAAAUGCCUUCUAGACUUACAGUGGUUUUCCCAGAAUGCAUUUUUAAAGGUCUGAAGCAGAGAAAAGACAGCAUAGGUUUAGAAAGACUUCAGAGGGAGUAAUGCUGAUCAUUUCCAUUACAAUGAUUAGAUUGUAAUGGUAGAUUAGUUUUGAUGGUAUUUGAUGCAAGGUUGCCAUGUCUGCACGUUAGUAGGAAGUGAACAUGGUAGAGAGCGAGGAAGUGAGCAUUGGGGGUGAAACACAGAAGAGAGAGCAGCAGAAAGCAAGGAAGUGAGAGGUGCAGAAAGCAAGGAAGUGAGUGUGGAAGUGAGAGCGUCAGAGAGCAAGGAAGUGAGUGUGGAAGUGAGAGCGGCAGAGAGCAAGGAAGUGAGUGUGGAAGUGAGAGCGGCAGAGAGCAAGGAAGUGAGUAUGGAAGUGAGAGCGGCAGAGAGCAAGGAAGUGAGUGUGGAAGUGAGAGCGGCAGAGAGCAAGGAAGUGAGUGUGGAAGUGAGAGCGGCUGAGAGC